GCCCCCUGGCUGCCAGGCGUCACACCAGUUAAUAAUAAGGACCCAGAAAAGAAGAAAAAAAAUUGUGGAGUGAACGAAGCUGAACGAGAGAAAAACUUUCCCACUCUCCAAAAAUCACGGGGAGUGACUGUGACAGGAGGAAGGCGACCGAAAGAGAGAGGGAGCAGGAGAGAGAGAGAGAGAGAGAGAGAGCAGACGAAGGAGGAGGAGGAGGAGAAAAGGAGGAAGCCCUCUCAGGACCUCAUCACAUUUCUUUGAGGACUGGCCGGACCGCAGCGGACCAGUGGACCGGACUGAUAAUCAAUACCGGUGAUCAGUAGCGGCGCGUCACGUGAGCGGAGGAGCAUGCGGCUGGGUUCACUAUUCAGGCUCUAUGUGCUGUGGGGCUUUGUGGUGGUCAUGACCUCUGUGACCAAGGCUGCCAAACGGAAGGUGGCAGGACGACGGUCCAGGCAGGUGCUUGAGGCGGAGGCUGUGGAGGGGGUGUGGUCUAUUUGGGGGGAGUGGUCAGAAUGCUCUCACACUUGCGGCGUUGGUGUCUCACAAAGGAGCAGGAAGUGUUUACCUCCCCCACAGCCCCCUCCCCUCUCCCACUCCCCACCUAACUGGGCGGGGUAUCUGCCCGGGGGCAUCGGAGGACCUGUUAUAUCACCUGUGUACCCCUACUACCCCCCUCGCUACCCCGCACAACACCCGCCCUAUCACUCCCAGCCAAUGUCCGCCAGUCACAACCCAGGAAUGUCUCUGUAUCGGAAUACCCCCGCAGGAGGUGGAGGACUUCCUGUUCCUGAACAGGCCAAUCCACCUCCCCCUUUUUACCAACAAGAAUUCCCCCCGGCCAAUCAGGACCGUGCGUCCGCUUACCGAUCACCCUAUCACACUCCUUCACAUGGCUACACCCAGCCGGCACGGAUCAUCAGGAGACCGACCAAUCCAGGUGCAGCGAGAGGUGGAGGAGGCGGAAGCAGAAGGUCCAUCUCCCCCAAUCGGGAGGGUUUGCCAGCGAGGAGGCCUUCCACCAUCCGUCCAGGUCAGUUUGGGUAUGGCAGGGUGCCUUUCUCUUUACCUCUGCACCGCCCAAACCGACAGGCUCGCCACACAGCUAACGGCACCGCAACGCCAACCCCUGGCCUUGCUGCGAAUGAAGAUGAGGCAGAGGACAACAGGAGAGAGGAAGACAGAGGGAGUGACGGAGGAGACGGGCAGGUGGUGAGGAGAGAGGAGGCGAAGAGGAACGCAGAGCAGGAGAGCACCGAGUCGCCUGCUGCUGACAAGGUGCCCACAUCGACCGCAACACCUGGCAAACCACACCGCCAUGUUGACAGACCCUCACACACCCAUACAGAGCACGUGAGGGGGCGAGAGCAGGUCCCGUCCUCUCGCUCCUUCUCACGCUCCUCAUCGCCAUCUGUGUCCAACCACCACCGGUUUGACUGGCACUCCGUCACCGCUCCACCUCCUCCCAUCUCUCCUCUCGCACGCCCAAACUCCCCUGCCAUCGCUUCGCCCUUCUCCCCACCUCUCCACCGCCCCAGCCCUGUGCACAGAGACAGGGAACUCCACCCAGGCUUCAGCCCACAGGCCCCAUCCGCCGGGAACAUCUACCCUCUGCAGCACACCCACAUCCCGCACCUGGGGACGGAAUCAGGCAGGGACGGAGGGAGAGGCGCUCCUCAGGUCUUCAGAUGCUCUGGCCCGGAGAACGAGUACCGCAGGUGCUUCUCACAGGUGUGUGUAGGAGCGGCGCUGGACUCCAGAGCAGAGCAAUGUGCAGCAUUUAACACCCAGGAGUUCAUGGGUCGCCUCUACAACUGGGAACCUUUCACUGAGGUUGGUGCGGACAAGCAGUGUGAGCUGACCUGUCGACCCGCCAGCUAUCGUUUCUACGUUCGUCAGGCCGAGCGUGUCCGAGAUGGAACUCCCUGCUUCAACGUCAGCUCAAAUGACGUGUGCGUAGAGGGGCGAUGUCUGACCGAGGGCUGCGAUGGGGUACUGGGCUCUGGCUCUGUGAUUGACAAGUGUGGCGUGUGUGGUGGGCAGGAGACCUCCUGUCGAAAGGUGACGGGAAGUUUCCAAAAUGUCGUGGUUCCCCUUGGUUACCACAAGGUCCUGGACAUCCCACCCGGAGCUACAUUCAUUAACAUCACGGAGAGGCGAGCAAGCCCUAACUACCUGGCCAUGAGGAGUGGCACAGGGGCUUCAGUGGUGAAUGGGCGUUGGGCUGUGGACCCUCCAGGGGAGUACCAGGCAGGGGGGACAACUUUCACCUACACCCGACCUAGGACACAUGCAGAGGGGGAGGAAGAGAAGGGGGAGUCCCUCAAAGCCCCAGGACCUACCAGCACACAGCUACAGCUAUAUAUCAUUUUCCACAAGGAGAACCCGGGCAUCGACUAUGAGUUCUACAUCCCUGUGGAGAAGAAGGAGGGAGGAAGGGAGAGGCUGACGGAGAGAGAGAGGCCCAUGGAGCGAGAGAGGCCCAGGGAGCGAGAGCCAGCGAGGGCACCCCUUCGCAGUCCUCUCACUGUGUCAGUAGAAGAGCCUCUUCCUGCUCCUCUCCCUGUUUCGAUCCCUUCUUUCCCCUCUUCCUCCUCUUCCUCUUCCUCCUCAUCCUCCUCCUCCGUGUUUUCUUCCCCAUCCUCGGACCGGUGGACACCUGACAGGUUGCGCUCAAGAGGAUCUGCACCCAAUAGAAACGCUCGGAUCCCCCCUCGCACUGACCUGCCACUUGACACUCAACCGCCAUUUGUUUGGAAAAGAGGUGGACUCACAGAGUGUUCUGCUUCCUGUGGCAAAGGUUUUCAGUACCGAGAGAUACUGUGUAUAAACCGUCAUACAGACGAGGAAGUACCAGAGAGGAAGUGUGACUCUGCGGCCAAACCUGCACCUGAGGAGGAGCCUUGUAACACACAUUCCUGCCCACCAUUCUGGGAGGCCAGUGCAUGGUCAGAGUGCAGCGUGUCCUGUGGCCCCGGGAUGCAGCAGAGGCAGCUCCAGUGCAGGCAGAGCUUCGGGAACCGCUCCACCAUGGUCCACCCACAGCGCUGUGCCAACCUCACCCCACCAGAGUCCACACAGGCCUGCCAGCUCGGCCUCUGCUCCCACUGGGAGGUCAGCUCAGACUGGAGCAUGUGCUCAGUGGACUGUGGCGUCGGGAGGAGGACCAGGGGUGUGCGAUGUGUCAGCGAUCAAGGCAGCGUGGUGAACGACAAGGAGUGCAACUCCAGGCUCCGUCCACAGGGAAGUGAGGAGUGCAACAUGGGGCCCUGUGUAACCAACUGGUACUUCACUGGCUGGUCCAGCACUUGUUCGGCACAGUGUGGCCCCGGGGUGCAGAGGAGAGAGGUGGUGUGUCUGACUCGAGGAGGAGUCAGAGAGGGUAAAGGAGGAGGGGAAUGUGUCGGAGAUAAACCGGCAGAGAUGAAGGCCUGUAAUGGGGGCCUGUGUGUGCCAACAGCCAUGUGGUACAGCAGCCCCUGGACACAGUGUAACGUCCCAUGUGGAAACGGAACUCAGCGGCGAGACAUAAUUUGUGUCCACAAGACAGGGAACGAUUUUGCUGUCGUACCAGCAAGCGAGUGUGCUCACCUGGACAAGCCUGCUGCGGUCCAGGAGUGUGAGAUGGGAGAGUGUCGAGCACAGUGGUUCACGACAGAGUGGAGCGCGUGCUCACGUUCUUGUGGAAAAGGCUUACAGAUGAGGGAGGUGCGGUGUCUAACACCAGACAAAACACACAGCCCCGAAUGUGACUCCAACACCAAACCAGAACAGGAGCAAAUAUGCAACACAAUACCCUGCAGUCCACAAGUCUCAGAUGAAAACUGCCGGGACAGACGUCACAACUGUGUGAUGGUGGUGCAGGCCAGACUGUGCGUCUACUCGUACUACAAGACCGCCUGCUGUGCCUCGUGUACCCAGAGUGCUCAGCGUGCCAAGAGGCAAUGACCUGCCAAGAACAGACAGCUCAGGUGUGCAGGAAGACGAGGGUGAGGUCAAAAGCGCUGAUCGCCCCCUAAAUGACGAGUCUGUAGAAAUGGACAGCCCAGAGUAGGCAAUGGCUUCAGAUAACAUUCAGCUCUUUUCUCCUGAGGCUUCAGGUCAAACACUGUGAAAGCAGCCGGUUCCUUUUGCCAUUACUAUGUAUACACUUUAACAUUGUCCCUUAGAACCGCAUAUUCCACUGAGCUUGUUUCGGUUUACUUUGUGCAUUAGUUUAACAGGUUCACAGUGUGUCACACGGGGCUGAGUCGGUGUGUCUUCCACUCUUGUAGGCCCAUUUCUAUGGCUGAGAGACUAUAAUGGAAGGACACCACUGUGGUUCAACAGCAACUUGAGCAUUUGUUAAGAUUCAUGCUAAUCUGCGGGAUCCUGAAACAGAUUUAGACAGACAUGCAUACCACUAAUUAUGUGCUGAACAAAUAAUUACCAUGUGUGCUAGAUAAAGUGUGUAUACUGUAGUUGUAUGUGUGCUGAAGAUCUACUGGAAUAGAUCUACUGUGUUACUGUAUGCUGCAGAUGUCCCCCACUGAGCUACAGUGGCGACCCCCAACUGAGCUUGAAGGAUUUCUUUUACAUAUAGUAUGUAUAGUCUUUUUUUUUCUGUUCGCCAAAAUAUUUCCUCAAGUGUCCUUUUAUUGUUCACAUCAGUAUUUGGACAGAUGAACCAAAGGAGUGGGGUGACCAUGGCAGUUAGUGACCAAAUAAAAAGUAUCAGAGCUGGAGGUCAGAGGUGAGGGGCCUCGCAAACGAGAAGGACAUUAGACAGGAAAUGUUAAAAAAGCAGCACAGACUCUCCCUAUACAUGUAGGUCUUUUGAAGAGAGCUGUUGUGGUGUUGUUAAAUUCUACCAUAAAGGUGUGAAGACUCAUAGUUGCAGUUAUGUUUUUACUAAGCUUAAGACAAUGCUGCUCACUAAAUGAAAUGUAAAAGAAUAUAUAUUAUCAAGUGAUAAGAAUGGUGAUUGUUGCUGUUGUUGUUGUUGUUGUUGUUUGCUUGCUGUGAACUAUUCUUCUUGUCAGCAAAUCACGUGGAAAAAAAACCCAAACCCGUCGAUGAUUAGUCCAUCUGUAAGAAUUGAAUUUUCCUGACAAAUGUCUCUGGUUUCACUUGUUCCUAUACUGAAGAAGUAAAUCUAUUCAAAAUAGCUUCUUUUUUUGAAAGACUGAGUAACUUUUGAAAACCACUUUUCAAUUUAGUCUUUAACAAAUGUUUAUCAAACAGGAGGAAAUUGUGCAUUUGUUAGGGACUAUUUUAUGCUGUGGAAUAAUACAUUACUGAAUAUUUAUGGAAGCAGGAGAGUGUGUGAGAUUUAGAAAUAUACUAGUGUGUACGUUCAUCACAGUGAAGGAGAGCGCGUCACCCAGUGCCACACUGUGGCUCAUUUAUGCUUUUAACAAAAAAUGAUCUUCAAAACUACACAAAGCCUUGGUUACGUAGCCUAUACGUUUAGGUUUCAGUUCAUUGUUAGUUUUGGUCUUUAAUGGUAUUUGCUGACAAUAAGAAAGCAAUGUAUAAUGAUUAACUCCUGAACGACCCAUUUUUUUAUUUUAGUGAGCUCACCACACCAUGACUAUUGGGGCAUCUUAAUAUCCUCCCUGUUUCCUCACCUCAUCUCCGUACAUCCUUUCCAUCAUUACCUUCUUGGAAGGAAGUGAUGAAUCUGUCCGAUGAGAUUAGGUGAUGCCAGAAUUAAGAAAAAUGUUAUGAAGACUGAGGAGGCUGCUUUUAAUAAGCUAAGAUACGAUAUGGAUCUAAUGCAACCAUUCUGCUUUGACCAGAAAGUAAAUAUAUUACAUUUCGAAGUGGUAACCUCUGUAUAUGUGUGUAAGUAAUCUUCAUGUUUUUUUCCUUUACAAUGCUUUUUACUUGGCUCUCUUUUUUUCUCCUUUUCUUUCACCUCCCACAAAGAAACAUAUACUCACACUCUGCCCACACAAAGGUGAGGAGGAGUCUGUAUAUUUGUCAGAUAUGUUUAAAUGUCUAUAAUUUCUUUUGAACAUAGUAGGCGCUUAUGUUUUAUAACUAAAUAGAGUUAUCAGAAGUGUUGUUGUAGACUGCAUUUAUUCACAUCUAACUUUCAUAUAACUAUUGUAUUUUGCCCUUGAAAAGUAAACGUGCGUUUUGGAUGUUCAUGAUAUGUGUGUGUGUGUGUGUGUGUGUGUGUGUGUGUGUGUGUGUGUGUGUGUGUGUGUGUGUGUGUGUAUGUGUGUGUGUGUGUGUGUGUGUGUGUGUGUGUGUGUGUGUGUGUGUGUACAAAUGGUUGUUUUGCGAUCAUGGCUUUGAAUGUGUUAUUCUUGUCUCUUAUCCCUUGUAGUAAAAGAACAUUCAUUUCAUAUAGAAACAAAAAAAGAUAGUAAUUUAUCUAUUAUCUAAAGAACAUGUAAUUUAUUUUCUGUUUUUAAGGGGCUGUAGCAAUUUUUUUUUGUCACCACCAGAGUUUAUGAGAUUGUUGUUAUUGAUACAUGGACAUCUUUUUUUAUCAUGGAAAAAAACAAAAGGCAGUGUGGAAAAUUAUUGAAACCCUCAUUUUAAAUAAAACUGAAACGACAGAGACAUUUAA